AUGCCCGCCUGGCUAGGCAGAGGUGAGACCCGAUCGGUUUCGAGUUCUAUUCUCGCACAUUUAAUCGAUACGGAUCACCGAGUCGAUGCCAAGGAAGCAUUUCAGGUUGUCUAUCGGACACCAAUAAGCUUCUCUAAAGGCCUACGUCAACGGAUACUAGCAACGGCCGAGGCCGUGGCAAUACGGCUAACGAAUCCGGUGCUAUGCUGUCAGAAAACCCUGACACAAGCGCUCUCUCUGCCGUGAUCGACGCCAACCUCACAUGAUGACGACAUGCCGCCUCAAAUCCCUGAUUACAGUGAUGGGUACUCCGUGUACUCAAUCCAAGAGCAUCACUCAAAGACUCGCUUACCCCUCCCCCCCUCCCCCAGCCUUAAGGACCAAAACCCGCCGAGCUUGUCAUGCGGCAGGCGUGGGAAAGAUGAGUGUUAAUGACAUAAUUGACCUUUAGACACCUAUAAACACUGUUAAUUUUGUACACUUUCACUCCUUCAUGUAAUUGUAUUGGCCUGACGAAGAAUUACUGAAAACACGUGUUAGCCAACUUGACUUCCCUUGUCUUUGUCGGUAAUACCAUUCUGCUUAAACCGAAAUCUCCACCUCAGCCCUAAAUGAAUUUUCGGGAAAUUAAGGAAAAAGUCACAAAUUACCAAAAGUCCCCACUUUGGCCUUUGACCUGUAGGAACUGGACAAAUUCGAUUUUCACCUUUUACGCAUUUCAACUGACUUUCCUAUUUCUUUAUAUAGUUAUGUCAAAUUAAUGAAAUCAUCAAACUUUAUAUUCUAAGGAAUUGUACCUUUCGGUUUUUAGAAGUCUCUAACUAUGAGAUUUAUUAAGAUCGCUAAAGAUCCAAUUAUAGAACAUCUAAUCGGGACAUUUACUAUUUCUGCUUUUAAAGUGGAACACAUAGUCCACAUUCAUUUCAAAAUGUUAUGAGCCUUAUGUGACCUUUUCUGAAUAACGCAUAGAAAUAUAUGACUUUCUUCACACAUACAAUGUACUCUUUGCAGUUUGAAAAUCCUGUGUUCAAGUGUAACCGCAGGUCGGUUCAAAAUUAAUUGAGAACUGAGAACGUCUUUUAAAACCGAAAGAUGCUCUUUUUAGAUAUGGAGUUUGAAGAAAAUUUAAUUUACUACCCAAUAUGUGGAACAAAGCAUGUGUUCUGUAAAAUAUGUUUGAAUUUUUAACAUCGCCGGAAAUCAACGGUAAAAAUGCAUACUAAUAAUUAGUCAUUUUUACGAAAUGUAGUUUACGCGGACGACCGAAAACAAGCUCGUUAAAAAGCCGCCAUCCUGAGGUGACCGAAGUAGCUUGGCAUAAUUCGGCACGAUAAUUGACAUGACAACCCUACGUAAGUAGUCUUUUUGAAUUGAAAACGCACUUCAUGGUGAGUAUUCCAUGACAUAGCAUAUUUAACUUAUGGAUGCAUAUUAGUAAGUGCAAUCAGAUUCCCAUUUUAUUGCAGUCGACCGUCAGCGACCUCCAUUCACUAGAUUCUUUUGCAAGCGUCCUCCUCGUUUUUUUGCACUAGCAAAGCCGGUUGUUUUUUCUCCGCGCCAAUCGUCUCACAGCCUGGUUACGUCAACGAGUGUUCUGCCUUCGCCUUUUAUCGACCGGCUCUCUCGCAUUGCGCCAACGUCUUGGCUUCUCUCGCUCCGACGAAUUAUCCUCCCACCUGCAUUUCACAGACCUACACGAAGGGCUGAAACCACCGAUGAAAUCUACAUGGGCAUUGUGGGUAUAGGCAAACAGUGCAGAGGGGACAUCUUACGCCCUCCAACCAUGAUUAUCUUAGUUAAUUUUUAGGAUAAUGCUGACUUUAAAUCGCAUCCCCGCCUAACCCCAUGAGACCAAUGAAAAUUUCCGUAUAUUUUAGACUAGGCAAAUGUGAACAAAGCAUUUCAAAUCACCAUUUGAGGCAGCACUUUCAAUUUCUUAGAAUGGUUUGCCGUUAAGCAGGACCAGUAAACAAAAGCACACGAACUGCCACACUGAUUUAAAAAAAUUGGCACAACCCAACCAAAGCAAAAGUUGAUGUGGACCUUCAGUAGUUUGAAAAGGCAAUACCCAUAAAUUAUGCGGUCAUUUUGCAAGGGUAAGCUUAAAUUUUCAACACCAGUUUUGUGAUUCCGAAAACCAAGCACAGAAGACCGUACAUGCACUGGGAGAAAACUGCGAAGAUUCUGGUCGACUUAUAAAGAGGUGUCUUGAAACGUUGAGGAGAAUUUUUAAAAAGCCAAAUGUUCGCGCAUGGGUUAACGGUUGAGUUUUUGAAACUAAUUCAGACGACCGAAACUUUUAUAGGCCAUCCCUGUGGAGAUUUAUAAAAAGUCAGUAGCAUUAAGAAAACAUGUAUACCAGGAAGCUCAUAUGUUCUGGUUAAAGAGUUAAGAGCCGUAAAAAUAGACCAAUCACAGGAAUUUUUGAAUCGGUUCUCUCACUCAGCUUUGGGGACAUGAAAAGACCGACUAAACGGGUCGUUUACGUUGAACUGGCCGAUCAGCUUGAUCCUCUGUCAUUGUGGAUAUUUCCACCCACUUUUGUGGCAACCACAAUCGUACCGCUGAAUUACGAGUCUCAGUUUGACGACGUACGGCCUGGCAUGCAGAUCGUGCUCGACGCACCCAUUUGACGAUGCUCAAGCUGAUUUUCAUUCGGAAAUACCCUGUCAGGGCGGUCUUGAAGCAGUUCUUCGGACUAUUUAGGUGGCAGCAAAAGUAAAGGCAUGGUUUCACUCGCGGUAGUUACGAACCAGAUGGGUAGCCUUUCUUCUCAAUGAUUGCACGGGUAUCACACCUCGUUAAUCUUGGCUUCCAAGAGGCACAUUUUUUAGCACGCGGACCAUCAUACAACUGUCCCCAUAUGCUGCAGACCGUUCUUAUAAAAGAUGUGAAUCUAUCAAUAUAGGCGUAAAGGUAAGUCCCGAAUGCUGUUGAGAAGAAGGAGACGUUAUCUAGUCAGAAUAGGAAUUCAUCUUGCAGUACCAGUUCCACGAUUAAUCCGCAGUUUGGAGAAUCCAUGGUAGGCCCUUCAGUCUGUUCUUAAACCUCACCCGAGAGAGUAAAGCAGGUUCUUUACGUAUCACCUACGUCCGUUCAGCAGGACCUACAUAGUCAAACAGGAAGCCACAGUAUUGAUGGUUUCCUCAAAUAUUGCUACAGUCGUCCUCAAUGAAACAAGACUCAACUGAUCGACUAGGGAAAACACACAUGGUUUGAUAUGAUGACAUUUAUAUAAAUCCGAAGAUGGAUCCGAGGGUCGGUUCGGAAGCUUUGAUGAACGGAUCUCCGUUUUCAGCGAGAGCCUCUUCAACUUCGACAAUUGUCAGUGAAUUUACUCGAUAGCAAUACAACUUACCCUUUUCUAGUCAAAACAUUUGCAGAAGUAAAGAUGGGAUUUUGCUGACAAGACAUUUGUUAAUGACCCCCUGUCAGAGAUUUUCUCUGAUGACACUGGCGGCAAAGACCACUGUCAAGCCCGAGUUUACAAAUCGCUUCUGUGUGCGGAUAUCUGUGUGGAAAUCAGAGUUUCAGUAGAAAAAUAAGUAACUACUUAUUCAUGAAAGACAUUGGGUGUGAGCGCCUACUGCUGACGUGAUGAAUGACCUACAAACGCUGAAACUAUUAAGUAAGCGGUGUAACAGAUGCAGGCAUUUGAUUGAGACAGUCACACUCUAACAGCGUGGGGUUAUGAUUGUGGCUGACAAUGACAUAUAUGCCAGAAGUGGGUCAUGCCGUCGCUCGUGUCCUUGUCAGUGGCAUUAGUCGCCACCAAUUUAUGUGAAUUCAUUUUAUUACUGAGUGCCCCGGACAUGUUCGUUAUGGGGGUCAGUCUUUGGCGCCUAACUAACGGAGGCGCACAAGCCAAACUCGCUCUGACUUUAAAACAUAAUAAUACCCAUUCAGUUCUUUGGUUGUUUAGGUAAGAAGAUAAAAACACAAAGUAUUCUUUUAAAGUUGAUAGCAAGUAACCCAUCAUCAUCAGCCAUAUUAAGCAAGCAGUGCGCCAGAAAUUUGAUGCAGUCUGUGUCUUCUAAAAACCAAAAUAUUUUAAGACAAAAUGCUGUACGUAGGACGAUCAUUCCGUUGAAAUACGCUUGCUCCAAGGCCCCGAUUCGAACCGCCCACGCCUCAAUUCCUGACAUACGUUUCUCCGUCGAGUUAUCACAGCCACGCCUGCCAAAAAUACCAAUUAUACGACAUUUCAGCCCACGAGAAGAGUAUGACGAAACAGUUCUCAUUUCGAGUCAUUUUUGCCCUACACUAUAUGUUUUGUGACAAUUAUCUCCUGACUGUCAGUUUCCAUAGGCUCUAUUUAAGAGUCAGAUGUAGAGUUAGUGCGUACAGCCCUGGCGAACAUGGCAGCGAUAAGUGAGAAACACAGCAGCCGGAGCACAUUCGUGUGGGUGAGUUUAGUCUGACCUCACGACAAACGUUUUUCGACUGCACAAGUUUCGCUAGUACGACAAUUAAGACGCUAGAAUUAUUAUCCCAGAUAAAUGUUCAAGUUUUAGUUUCCUCGAAAUAUUGGAACCAGACAGGCGUGAUUUCUUCUGCAUGUACGAAUUACUUUGGAGUAUCGAGUGCCUACCAAUUGGUCAAGUAUUUACGUAUAUCCGACAAGCAAAAAUAUCUAAAAUUAGGCGUUGAGUUAAACUGUAUGGUUUUAUGUAAUUACGAUAGGAUAGGCCUUUUCGUUUUUCGGCCCAACCCUCCUCCGGACUUCCCGACUCUGCCCUGACACCGGGUACAGAUAGAUGAGGGAGCAAAAUGUGCAGUAUAUGCUACGCAAGUCUGCUAUCACUUUAAACUAAUUCACUAUGCGGGCCACCGUUCCCGGACUCGCUGUGCUUCGGGACACACGGUGGACGUCGUCGUUUGUGAUGGUCGAAAUGUCACAUUCCCAUUAAAUUAGUUCUUGAAAAAGCUUCGAAAAAGAGGUGAGAAGUUGACAAUGCUCAAUUAGCUAGCUGGCGUUAAGUGCACUGGCGUUCACUGCCGAGACAGAAGCAUCCAGUAUCUCAUACAAGCGCGAGUGGAGCGGGUUUCCAUUAUCAUACAUGCGCCUCUGAGAAGACGAACUCCUGCAGGGACUCCUAAAUCUUCUGACCCGAACGGCCAAAACCACGCUACAGCGAGAGGUUUUGUGGUGACAAGCAGUACAUGCAAGGUGAACAGCGACUGUCCCUGAUGAUGGGUCCGAGUAAGAAUACGAAACGUCUGGCCAAUAAACUUCUUGUUACAGCGAUCGCGUUUUCUUUUUCUUCUUCUUCUGAACUUUCUUAGGUUUUGAAACGACCAUGAAUUUAAUUUUUCUUAAAAACUCAUUUUUACGUGUAUUCACUUUGAAAUUUUGCAUCUCUGGAUCCCAUCUACUGGUAGGCUGGCAUUAGUUUGCAGUAGUUCCUUCUGUUUAUGAAGGGAGAUUUUUGUCUUGUCCUUCGAAGCAUUCGUAACUCCAGUCGUUUCGGGUCGCAGAGCAAAGCAUUUUCUAUGUGAGCAAAGCUGAGAUGCCUGGUUGCACAAGGGGUGUCCUUUUCUGAAGACAGUUUUGGUUACACGUGACUCUGAGGGGCCUGCCUGUUGGCAUUUUCACGGACUACUGAAUUCACUCGUUGCUGUGUCGCAGGAAGUCCAUUACUUCUAUUUUUUUCGUAAAAUAUGAAUUCAAAUCUCCCCACUGUGCAUGUUAGAACAGAAAAGUCUUAUCUGUUAUCUGAACAUUUGUCGCUUGAUUGCAACUGUCCCUGGAGAAAUAAUUCGGAGCAACUUUUAAAGAGGAAUACUUUUUAAAAAAAUCCGAAAAGGAUGGAGGUGGCAGUUUUCUCGAAAAACAGCAUUUGUGGCAUUUUUCGAAGUAGUCCUGAAUAUACUUUUUCGUAUGAAUCGGUGUGCUGUCCUUUCUGGACAUGAUACUCUCAUUCGAUCUAAUGGUCAAAUACUUCCAGGAAUAUGUAUCCCCUUCACUGAGCUUCUGCACAUUCCCUGUGGUUGAUUAGUUCUCCACUUUUUCACAAAACCAUGUCAAGAAAGUACAAAGUACUGCCCCGUUCGUAUAUUUUGUCUCGAACCUGUGCAGGAUCUGUCCUGUGAUUUAGAUCUUAUUUCAAGUAGUAUUGAAUCAAGCGCUUCGUCGACUCAAAUAAUUGGCGAGUUCCUUACCAGCGGAGAUUUUAACGCGGGUUUUUCGAAAACGCACACGUUUCCUAAAAUAGCAUGAGUCUAGCGGUCUUGUGAGUUCAAACGGACUAAAAAUUAGUCAUGAUAGAAGCGAACAGGCGUGUUCCAGGUAGUAGUUCAGAAGAUGAAGAUGCGAUCACAGGAACAAGAAAUUUAUUGGCCUGACGUUUCGGAUUCUUACUCGAGUAUAAGUCGGUGAGUGCCGGUGCAGACUGGUCCUCAGUCUCGACCAGGACCGAGUCAGCCGGUCAGUUGGCAGUACCCCAAGCCACAACUGAUAAUUCGUCAUGAUAGCUUCGAGGCGCAUACGCUUGUUUAUGCUGAUAAAAUCUAGUGCUAAACCAGAUCUGGUCGGUCUCACCAUCCAUUCUGUCUCAGAAAGAGCGCUUGCUUGUGAUAAUCAACCCGACUGUAAAUAAACUUGAAUGCAGUAACUGUCGUGUCCUGGGUUGCCACCUAGAACUUGUCGCACACAUUUCACUUCCACUCAACUUGAAAGGGUGUUCACAGGUAGCUAUCUGUAAUUUACUUCGGACACUUAACGGGUUUGCGUGCUAUGGGAGGUUCUGUAUGAUCUUGUGGAGAUGGUUUCUGAUUUUAACUUUCUAGUCUCCUCAGAAGUUAAUACGUUAACUUGUCAGCAGGUAGCCAGUAGUAUAUAUAUAUAUAUGUAAGUUCAUGAAUUUUAUCUUGCUGGCAGCACAGAUACUAGCCAAAACUCCUUUAUCUACUCAGAAGGUAAUGCUCAAACUUGGAGUAGAUCACAGUAAAUGAAGUUUUAUAGGCUCAGUCCGAAAGUUGAUAUGAAUAUUUGAGCCGCAAUCUAUCAGUUUCAGUGAAAAAAUGCUGAAAUGUCAAAACUGAAGUAUCUAACCGAAAACGCACGGACACGCUGUGGGGUCCACUGGUGAGCCGAUUCUCCCGUAAAGCAGCGGGAUAUCCGCAAAGCACGCGUCUGGGUUUCUGACUAGUAACUGUGCUGUCAGUAUGAUGAAAAUCAUAGAACUAUUUUUUUAGUGCUAGACUGACCACUUUUGGCGUGUUGUGAACAUUGGAAAUUUUUUAUAAUGAAACUUAAGACUGCAUUUUCAGAAACCGGUAGACAAACUCACGGGAAACUUUCUAAGUGUCCCAGUUGACCAUUAAAAAUUGUGAAUGCAACCGGCUUUCAUCCAUGUAAAUCUUUUGCAAAGGCUUUUCGGUAGACGCAUUAUUAUAAACGUUCUAUCUUGUCAGCUCAAAAGUCAUCUUUUCGUUAUAAAUCCUUUUGCAUAUGUAACAGGUCUUGUUUUUACAUAAGCGGACCAGGGGUUAGGUCCUCAUUCGUGGCUCAUGUUUCCCCAAAAGCGAAUAAUGCCUAUGACAACUUCCAAUAAUUUGCAUUGUUAAAUAGGUCGAAUGGCCAUCAGACGCAUAGAACGUCUCUUAAAACAGUCUACGAGCGCCACAACAAACGUCAAGGCCCAUUGGGUAACCAAAGUCCUGAAGCAUUCGCCAACUAUGGCUGUGGUUAGAUGAAAUUCCUCAGGUGUGGUUUCAGCCUUGAUUCACAGGCAACGGACUGCAGGGAUGUUGGUUUUUGGAUGAUUAUUUUAACGGUCGUUUGAAAAGCCACAGUCAUACAAAAAGACCACUUAAUUUGUGCGAAGUGGUUUACUCACUUUUGAUGGGUAUGUAAACUACAUCGUACGAUCGAAAGAGGAUGCCAACAGAGCUGCCUUUCGUAAGCUCCUUUAGAGAAUCGCUCCCUUUUGAAAACCUUUACUCUGAAGAAGAUUACCUGUCAAUUUUGACAGUUUGAAAUUAGGUGUACUAACGGGUAAUUUAAGUGGUUAUGCAGCUGGCGUCUUAUUUUAAUCUUCCUUACUUUUGCCUUAGGAGUAUGGAAGAUAAUGCAUAUUUGUGACCAGCUUUUAUCAACGAUAGGUUGUCCAUACUGAAUGAGUGGAAAGAAAUUAUUUUAAACGCAGCGCAGGGUGUUCCGAAAGAAACCUGGACGGGACAAUACAUUAAUUUCCACAGUUUUGUUCCCCUCAACAUCAAACGAAAUCUAGUCCAGGGAUUGGCAGCUAGGGUGAGGCGCAUCUGCUCACCUGAAACUAUUGAAGCAGAGCUCCAACAGCUGCAGAACACACUCCGCGAGAAUGGAUAUCCAGAUAGAUUUAUCCUCCGAAAUAUUGGAGAACGCAUUGCAAAGCCCACUGUUGCGACUGCAGAAAAGAAAUAUGUAUUCAUAAGACUGCCUUUUGCAGGGGACGCAGCGAGCGAACUAGUCAGACGACGCUUAACUACAGCUGUUACGAGAGCAUUCCCCGCGGCGAAUUUACGCGUAUGUUUCACAAACUCUCCCCUCCUACGUUUGGGAGGUAAAGACAGAGUACCGUUGGAGGCCACAUCAACGUGCAUCUACUCCUUCACUUGCUCCUGUGGAGCGGGAUACAUCGGCCGUACAACGAGACGCCUGGUAAAGAGGGUGCGUGAACAUAUGCCCGCCUGGCUAGACAGAGGUGAGACCCGAUCGGUUUCGAGCUCUAUUCUCGCACAUUUAAUCGAUACGGAUCACCGAGUCGAUGCCAAGGAAGCAUUUCAGGUUGUCUAUCGGACACCAACAAGCUUCUCUAAAGGCCUACGCCAACGGAUACUAGCAACGGCCGAGGCAGUGGCUAUACGGCUGGCGAAUCCGGUGCUAUGCUGCCAGAAAACCCUGACACAAGCGCUCUCUCUGCCGUGGUCAACGCCAACCUCACAUGAUGACGACAUGCCGCCUCAAAUCCCUGAUUACAGUGAUGUGUACUCCGUGUACUAA